AUGGGUACGUUCGAAGGACACAUCUCACCGGGCGUUGCUUUCUACACCUUCGGUUUGUUAUGGAUGUUCCAAUAUUCGUAUCGGUACCAAGCAGAGCAAUUCCUGAAACAGAGUUCAGCACAGCGACCAAAGGGACGUUGUCGUCGAUGUAUGUCAAGCGUGCCGUGGGAGUCAGUUAUGAAAAUAGUCUACGGAACCAUGGCGGCUUUGGCAGAGUUUUUUUACCCUCUCGGAGUUAACAAACUGGAGAUGUUUAGAGAUGGUGAAUUGCAGCACCCAAACGAAUGGCAACAUUUUACCAUGUAUUCGUACUUCGCUAUAAGUGGUAUCGUUGAUAUUAUCAGUCUGAAGAUUCUGGAACAUAGGUCGAAAACUUUGGAGAAGCUCUUCGUUGCAUUGGCGUUCGGCGUCGAGUCGUUUCUGCUGUAUAAUCACCGCCACGGAAAGGGGUCUUUAGAGAACAAUAUCCAUAUUCUCAUUUUCAUCACUGCUUUCGCCUGUUGCGUUGUCUCCGCCGCUGAGAUAUGGCAUCCCACGCAGUGGCUGCUUCCAUUCAUGCGCACUGGUCUAGUGUCGCUACAAGGGACGUUUUUUUUCCACGCAGCCUUCAUCAUCUACAGACCCGUGUCUGGUAUUCCAUGGGACUCUAACGAUCACAGAGCUACAAUGUUCGUAACGAUGGCCUAUAGCUGGCACAUUCUGUUAAAUAUAAUCAUCAUGUCUUGCAUAUACGGAACCGUGUACCUGUUCUGCGGCCGACGAUGGCGAAAACGAAGUCAAUAUUACGUCAAUGAGAGCCCAUCGAAAAGUAAUGGUAUUAGACAAGAAGAAAUAGAAAUGAUAGCUGACACCAGUGAUGACGAACAGUAUUCAAGUCUGCGACCACUGAAAAAUUAA